GUGCCCCCACCUUGAACAAGGCCAGUGAGCAGGUAGGUCUGUUUCUGGAGUGGCUGCUCCAGUAUCUCAGGAGCUGCAGAGUAGGAAGAGGUUUUACCAGGCAUCCAGUCACCUGCCGAGACCUGCCCAGGCUGCAGAGGCCUACUGACCCCCAGCCCCACCCCAGGUUCUAACCUCUCACUUCUGACUCCCCGCCCUCUACUGCCCAGCCUGCCAGGGAGAGGAUGGGAGGCCAGCCAAUCCUGGAGGCCCUGGGCCGCGCCCUGGCCAGCAUGAUCCCAAGCGAGCAUAUAAAUACACCUGCCAGGAGCCCAUACCCAGAGAACUCACACCUGCCUCAGACAGCGCUCCACACCUGGAGGAGCGCACACGCCCCACGCCCCACUUGCCCGGCACAGCUGCGGACGGACAGCUCUAGAGAGGAACACUAGUCAGGGGGAACACAGGCCAGUCUGGACCAGAGGAGACGAAGCCAGCGCUUCCAGGACGAGUGAGCUCGGAGCCUCAGCCUGGCUGAAUCAGCCAAGAGGGUCAUGCCCGGGCCCCUCUGACCCUGGCUACCAGGCCACCCACACUGGAAUCUGUGUUCAAACCAACUUCACCUGGCCCAGCCACACUCUUCCUGUGACAGCCCGGGGCUCCUCUGAGCUGCCUCUUCUGCACCGUGACUCUUGGUAUCACAACCAGGGUCCAGCCUGGCAGAGCCCUGAUGUUUCUGCCCAAUGACACAGUCAGCCCAGAACCAUGUCGUCAAGCCCACAGGUGUGGCACAUGACCAUGCCGCCUAUCAGCAGGAGCAGCCCCACAGCCACAGUGCCCAGGUCCCCCAGCUCAGCCAGCAGCCCCAGGUCUCCGGGCACCCCAGGCUCAGAGAAAGUGGCCUCCCCUCUGGAGUGCUCCAUCUGCUUCUCGGGCUAUGACAACAUCUUCAAGACACCCAAGGAGCUCUCCUGCACCCAUGUCUUCUGCCUGGAGUGCCUGGCACGGCUGGCGGCCGCCCAGCCCACAGGCCAGCCAGGUAGCGAGGCUGUGCCCUGCCCAUUCUGCCGGCAACCCACAGCUGUACCCGCUGCUGGAGCCCCUGCGCUGCGCACCAGCCGCCAGCUGCAGGCCCGGAUGCCAGCGCACCUGCGGCAGGAGGAGCCCGUGUGGCUAGAGGGCACCAAGCUGUGCUAUUACCCACCGCCCUCUGUGCCUGGCCCGGUGGAGCCCGGCUUCAUGUGCGUGGACAUAGGCCCAAGCAAGCCCGCUGAGCCUGCUGCACCUGCGCCCAUCCCAGGCCCUGCCCACCAUCGGGGGCUCUUGGCCCGCUGCUGGGCACGCUGCAGGGACUGGAGGCGCGUGGCGCUCAUCACAGCCCUGCUGCUCGUGCUCUUCUGUGUGGUCCUCUGGCCUGUGCAGUGCGCACUCAGGACUGGGAGUCUGCACUGCCUCCCCCGGCCUCCCUCCACCGCCGCCACUGCUGCCACCACCUUCUCACUCGGGUCCCUGGUGGACAAUUAGUGUCAACACUCCCACCCAGCCCACCCCUCCAGGAUCCCAGAGGAGCCACCACAUCUCUGAGGAACCCCACCCCAUUCAGCACACACAACCCCCCGCUCUCUGGGGCUGGGUCCUAUGGGGUGGACAAAAUGGUCCCCAGAGCUUCCAAGAAUCAGAUUCCUAUGGGCUCCAGAGACCACCUCCCUAACCCCCAUCUUGCAGAUGGGGAAACUGAGGCCCAGAAGAGACAGCUUGGCAAGGCCCCUCCCUGUCCACACUGUGAAUCUGCAGGACCUACCCCUUGCUGAAAAGGGAAGGGGCUUGCCACCCUCAUCUUAUUUUCACAUUUCACCAUGGUUGCUCACUUCCCCAGGCAGGGCUGGCCCCUUCCC